AAGCCUGAGCUUGGCACAGAUCACCGAAACCUUUUCUGGACCUUCAAGACUCAACCCUGAAAUUAAUUCAUCGCAGACGCAAUGCCGUCCUCAUGCAAAGACAUUCGUGAGAUCCAGCCCAUGGCAUCCUAGUUAUUCAGUAGCUGACAAUUGAUUUUCCGUAGGAGCGGCACUGGCACAAUGUCUUGGAAAUUCAGACUGUGUGAUGGUCCAUCGAAACAAACCGGCUGAUUGUCUCCGGUCGCCACUCGUUGAAACGCUACCGACCCGAUGCCAACAGUUGAAGAAAGGAUACGGUGAAUGCAAGUAAGCUUCAAGACUUGAUCUUUAUGGACAGAAUCUUAAUUCUAAUAUUUGAUGAGGCGGGGAAUGGUUGAUAUGCGGAAGCGGUUUCGUGGGAACUACCCGGUCGCCCUCUCUGUAGAGAAUGAAGGGGGAGGCGGAUCUCGUCAAUUAUACGGAGGGGGAUCUGCGCUCAGUGACCCUCCAUCCGGCGCCAAGGUUGAGGGUGAGGACAGGAAGUGAAAUUAGGGAUGGUAGAUAACUUACGUUCUUGGAACUUUUGAGUCAAUAUGCAUGCAUCAUA